CAAAAAUAUCGAAAACCAUGUAUUCUGAAAAAUACAUGUAAAAAUAUAGAAAACCAUAACACUCAAACCAAAUGGUAUACGCACACCCGCACAAAAACAUAUUAAUGUUGAAUAAUCAGGGACGUUUUAAUUUCUCACGGCUGCGCUGGAUACCACAUCAAUACGCAUGCGUCGGUCUCUCCGGCUCCGGUCUCAAAACGAGAAUUAAGAUGCUGAUGCCCAAGAAGAAUCGUAUAGCCAUCUACGAGCUACUCUUCAAGGAGGGGGUGAUGGUGGCCAAAAAGGAUGUGCAUCUGGCUAAGCACCCGGAGCUGGCCGAUAGAAAUGUGCCCAACCUUCACGUAAUGAAGGCCAUGCAGUCUCUGAAGUCAACUGGGUACGUGAAGGAGCAGUUUGCCUGGCGCCACUUCUACUGGUACCUGACCAAUGAGGGCAUCCAGUACCUGAGGGACUUCCUGCAUCUUCCCCCAGAGAUUGUUCCUGCCACUCUGCGUCGUCAGAUGCGCCCUGAGACCGCCCGGCCCAGGCCUAAAGGUAUGGAGGGUGAGAGAGGUGAGCGGCCAGCUAGGUUUAACCGUGAAGGAGGAGACCGAGACAACUACAGACGUUCUGCUGCACCACCUGGUGCAGACAAGAAGGCUGAAGCAGGCACUGGUGCAGACAAGAAGGCUGAAGCAGGCGCUGGUGCAGCUACUGAGUUCCAAUUUAGAGGCGGAUUUGGACGUGGCAGAGGACAGCAACCACCACAGGAGUAAAGCACUGACUCUGUUCUUGUACAGUAUAAUAAAAGGGGAUUGCUGUAA